CGGUAAUGCGCCUUAAACUGGUUUGCCAACCGCCAUAAAACAAUAGAAAACGACGAAAGAACCUCUCUCACGCUUGUUCACGGAGCUUCUUUCUCUACACGGGCUUAGAAGCUCUGAUAUUCUGUGUAAUUCCACUAAAGUGUCCUGAUUCUUUACACCUCUUAUAAUGAAAACCAGACGGCGCUCUUUAAGAAAAUCUCCACAGACUCCUGCUGCUACUGGCUCAGAGAUGUUCCACUGCUCAGAUUGUGGGGAGAGUUUUACUAAAAGUCAUCAUCUCAAAGAUCACAAGCGGAUCCACACAGGGAAGAAGCCACUUUACUGUAGACAGUGUGGGAAGAGUUUUACUUGCCAGAGUCAUCUCCAACAGCAUGAGCGCGUUCACACAGGGGAGAAGCCGUUUCUCUGUACACAGUGUGGGAAGAGUUUUACUUGCCAGAGUAAUCUCCAACGACACGAGCGCAUUCACACAGGAGAGAAGCCUCAUCACUGCUCAGAGUGUGGGAAAAGUUUUACUUUACAGAGUAAUCUCCGACGACACCAGCGUAUCCACACAGGAGAGAAGCCGUAUCACUGUGGACAGUGUGGGAAGCGGUUUACUUGCCAGCAUACUCUCCACCAGCAUUUGCGCAUUCACACAGGGGAGAAGCCGUAUCUCUGUGCACAGUGUGGGAAGAGUUUUUCUGUUCAGAGUACUCUCCUACAACAUGAGCGCAUUCACACAGGAGAGAAGCCAUAUCACUGUGGACAGUGUGGGAAGAGUUUUACCCAACCAUGGACUCUCCAACGACAUGAGCGCAUGCACACAGGACAGAAGCCAUAUUACUGUGGACAGUGUGAGAAGAGUUUUACUUGCCAGAGUAAUCUCCAACAGCAUUUGCGCAAUCACAAGCGGAUCCACACAGGGAAGAAGCCACUUUACUGUAGACAGUGUGGGAAGAGUUUUACUUGCCAGAGUCAUCUCCAACAGCAUGAGCGCGUUCACACAGGGGAGAAGCCGUUUCUCUGUACACAGUGUGGGAAGAGUUUUACUUGCCAGAGUAAUCUCCAACGACACGAGCGCAUUCACACAGGAGAGAAGCCUCAUCACUGCUCAGAGUGUGGGAAAAGUUUUACUUUACAGAGUAAUCUCCGACGACACCAGCGUAUCCACACAGGAGAGAAGCCGUAUCACUGUGGACAGUGUGGGAAGCGGUUUACUUGCCAGCAUACUCUCCACCAGCAUUUGCGCAUUCACACAGGGGAGAAGCCGUAUCUCUGUGCACAGUGUGGGAAGAGUUUUUCUGUUCAGAGUACUCUCCUACAACAUGAGCGCAUUCACACAGGAGAGAAGCCAUAUCACUGUGGACAGUGUGGGAAGAGUUUUACCCAACCAUGGACUCUCCAACGACAUGAGUGCAUUCACACAGGACAGAAGCCAUAUUACUGUGGACAGUGUGAGAAGAGUUUUACUUGCCAGGGUAAUCUCCAACAGCAUUUGCGCAGUCACACACGAGAGAAGCCGUAUCACUGUGGAUUGUGUGGGAAGAGUUUUAGUAUUCGGAGUAAUCUCCAACAGCAUUUGCGCAUACACAUAAAAUCAGAACCCAGGCAUUUCCAACAACCCAGGAAACAAAAACCCAGUGUUUCUAUUUACCUAGGUUUUCAAAAACCAGGGUUCUCUUUUACCUAGGUCUUCAAAAACCAGGGUUCUCUUUUACCUAGGUUUUCAAAAACCAAGAUUCCCAUUUCCCUAGGUAAAAAAAAUGACGUAAGCAAGACGACUAAACAAUCUGCCCCACGAACGUGCGUGUUGACGCCUCUACACAGUCAGACCCAGAACCCCCCUCCAGCUUCCAAUCCGAGGAUGAUGAUGAUGUCUUCUCCGAUCCGGGCCCCGACCAUCCGUCCCUCUUCUCACCCACCAGUCCGCCCGACUCUCAGUGGUCCGCUCACUUCACCCACCCUGAUUUCCCCAUGUCCCCAGGACGCACCCCAUUUUCCUCCCCCUCUUACUCUCCUCCAGACUACGCACCCACCCGUCCUGUGAAUUACCAAUAAAAUUACAUUUUUACUCAUA